AUGCCUGCGAAAAGAAAGGCGGAGGCACCGGUGCAGGGCGCGGCGAAGGUCGGGACGAAGGUCGGGAGGUCCUCGCGCAUGUCGACUCCUGGCGCAGCCACUCCUCGCAGCAUCGACAGCAACGAUGACGCGGAAGAAGACGACGGUCCGGUUGACGAAGUCCUCGAGAGAGACAUUGACAAGAAUAUCGACCGCUUCUCCUUGGAUCGGUUCCAGAAGAGACACGCGAUUCGGGAGCCGUUGCCGCAUAUUUUCGGCGAUCAUGAUUUCUCGUACUUGGAUCUUAAAAAGGAUCACCAGAACCGGCCCCUCUGGAUCGAUCCGCAAAAGGGCAAGAUCAUCUUGGAGAGCUUCAAUCCGCUGGCAGAGCAGGCCCAGGAUUUCCUGAUAACCAUUGCCGAACCGCUGUCCCGUCCGACUUUUAUGCACGAAUAUGCCCUCACGACACACAGUUUGUACGCUGCCGUUUCGGUGGGGCUGUCUCCUUCCGACAUCAUAAAUACAUUGGAGCGCUUCCUCAAGACACCGCUACCAGUCGAGAUUCGGGAAUUCAUAACGAGCUGCACCAAAAGCUACGGAAAAGUCAAGCUGGUGCUAAAGAACACCAAAUACUUUGUCGAGAGCCCCGACCCCGAGAUGCUGCAAAUGCUCCUCAAAAACCCCAAGAUCGGCCCCCUCCGAGUGCAGGGCACAGAGGAAAUCACCACCUCUGCUGCUCCCAAGAUUGGUGGUCUGGUCAUUCCAGGCACGAAGAAUGCGGCCGGUGUCAGGCAAGCCAACGGACUGCAACAAGGUGGUGAACAACAACCGAACAGGCAGGCCAUCAACGAGGGCGACGUGAUGGCUACCCUGAAUGAAGAGGAUGACGACGAUCAAGAGGUCACGCACUCGUUUGAGAUUGCCGACAAGGACGUGGAGACGGUGCAAAAGGAAUGCCUGAACCUGGGCUAUCCGGUCUUGGAGGAAUACGAUUUCCGGAGGGAUGAGGUCAAUUCGAACCUGGAAAUCGAUCUCAAGCCCGGCACGCAGAUUCGGCCGUACCAAGAAAAGAGCCUGAGCAAAAUGUUUGGUAACGGCCGAGCCAAGAGUGGGCUCAUUGUUCUUCCAUGCGGUGCUGGAAAGACGCUGGUCGGAAUCACCGCUGCUUGCACCAUCAAGAAAGGCGUCAUUGUUCUGUGCACGAGUUCCAUGUCGGUGGUGCAGUGGAGAAACGAGUUUCUGAAAUGGUCCAACAUCAACCCGGACGACAUUGUCGCAUUUACCUCGGACUCCAAGGGAUCCGUCUUCACCGGUAGCACGGGCAUCAUAGUCACCACCUAUUCCAUGGUCACGCAAUCCCGAGCCCGGUCCUACGAUGCCGACAAGAUGAUGAAGUUUCUGACUGGGCGGGAAUGGGGCCUGAUGUUACUGGACGAAGUUCACGUCGUGCCGGCCAAUAUCUUUCGGAAGGUUACCUCGUCCAUAAAGACGCAUUCCAAGCUGGGGCUCACCGCCACCCUGCUCCGCGAAGACGACAAGAUCUCCGAUCUCAACUUCCUCAUUGGUCCAAAGCUUUUCGAGGCCAACUGGAUGGAGCUUUCCAAGCAGGGCCAUAUCGCUCGCGUGCAGUGUGCCGAGGUGUGGUGCCCGAUGCCGACCGAGUUCUAUGACGAGUACCUGAGGGCGCCGUCGAGAAAGAAGAACUUGUUGUACAUUAUGAACCCUCGCAAGUUCCAAGCCUGCCAGUACCUCAUCAACUACCAUGAGGCGAGGGGCGACAAGAUUAUUGUUUUUUCGGAUAACGUCUACGCACUCAAAGCAUAUGCGCUCAAGCUGGGCAAAGCAUACAUCUACGGCGGAACCGGCCAACAGGAGCGGCUGAAGGUGCUGGAAAACUUUCAGCACAAUCCCUUGGUCAACACCUUGUUCCUGUCCAAGAUAGGAGACACAUCCCUGGACCUGCCAGAAGCAACUUGCCUGAUUCAGAUAUCUUCGCACUACGGUUCUCGACGCCAAGAAGCGCAGCGUCUGGGCAGGAUCCUGCGAGCCAAACGAAGAAACGACGAAGGUUUCAACGCCUUCUUCUACUCCCUGGUCUCCAAAGACACGCAGGAGAUGUACUUUUCGUCGAAACGACAAGCGUUCCUCGUGGACCAAGGUUACGCGUUCAAGGUAAUCACGCAGCUGGCCAACAUUGAAAAGACGCCGGGUCUGGCUUUCGCCACGGCCGGCGAACGGCGCGAGCUGCUCCAAAAGGUCCUGGUGGAAAACGAAUCCAUGGAGCAGGAGGACAUCACGGACGAUCUCUUCCACAGCGGCACAAUGGGCCGCAAGAAGAAGACGAAUGCCCGCAGGACAGCGGGCACGCUUGGAGAACUGAGCGGCGGCCAAGACAUGGCGUACAUUGAACAGAACAAGAGAGUGAACCAAGGGCUCAAGAAGGGCAGGGGCAAGAAGGAAAGCCAUGCGUUCUUCAAGAAGAUUGGUCGCGAGAAUGCCAGGCGAGCUGCCGCAUAA